CUGGAAAUUCCCCACUUGCCACUUAAUCCUGAAAGCUCUCUCUGGCCACAGCUUUUCCAAGAAACACACAUCUCACAAGACUGAGGCACUUGCCAAGAUGUUCCACUUGCAAGGUUCACAGAAGCUGCAGAUGCUGGAGAAAUCUUUGAGGAUGGCCCUCCCUGAGUCCUUAAAGGUUUAUGGGACCGUCUUCCACAUGAACCAGGGAAACCCGUUCAAGCUGAAGGCCCUGGUGGACGCAUGGCCUGACUAUAACACUGUGGUGGUCCGUCCUCAGGAGCAGGAAAUGACCGAUGACCUCGAUCACUACACCAACACUUACUUAAUCUACUCCAAGGAUCCAAAGCAAAGCCAGGAGCUCCUUGGCUCCCCUGAAGUCAUCAACUGGAAGCAGCAUUUGCAGAUUCAAAGUUCCCAGUCCAGCCUGAAUACUGUGAUACAAAAUCUUGUAGCCAUCAACUCAAGCAAGGUCAAGCACACGCAGUGCAACCUCUUCAUGAUACUUGACACAGCAAAGAAACUGCUCCCUUCUCUGGUGGAUGAAAAGAACUUAGCACAAAAGGGAGACAAACCCACAUCCCUUGACCAAGAGAUGUUUAAAUAUUCAACGCUGGAUGUUAUCCAUGCUGCUUUGGUGAACCGUUGGUGGUAUUUCGGUGGCAACGAAAGAAGCCGGAGAUUCAUUGAGCGUUGUAUCCGGAUCUUCCCCAGUUUCUGUCUGCUGGGGCCUGAGGGGACCCCUGUGUCCUGGUCUCUGAUGGACCACACUGGAGAGCUGCGAAUGGGAGCCACUGUGCCUGAGUACCGGGGACAGAGCCUCAUUUACCAUAUUGGCACUUACCAGGUCCAGACUCUGGCAAAACUUGGCUUCCCUCUCUAUGCCCACACUGCUAGAGACAACCACCUUAUUCAAGGAGUGGUUGCCCAGAUGCACCAUGUGCCCAUGCCCUGUGACUGGAACCAGUGGAACUGUGUGCCUGUGUGAAGCUGGCGGGAACAUGAGCACAGAGGAGGGGGUGGAGCAGGGGGCUGGAGGAAGGGGUGUGGAAAUGCAGAGCACAAAUACAUCAUAAGGGAGCAGACAGGGGGGCUCUGGGAUGGAGAAAUGUGUGCUGACAUCACAGUCCUCCAAUUGCUCAGCCUUCAUUCCGUGUGUGUGCAGGGAGCCAUGCGCUCCAUCUCCCAGGUAGGAGCAGCGUCUCACUCCAGACGUCCAAUGGGUGUUAACCUGCUGCCUGCUUUCCUAGCUCAUCCCGCUUGCCUAUUUGCUGGACAUGGGUUCCACGAUUCACCCCUCUGGCCUUCCAUGGCUGUUUUGUUGUUGAUGUUGGCUGGAAAGAGGCCUGUCUUCUCAAUAAGCUUACAAAAUCAUCCUGUCCUGGUUGCUUCCUAGACUUUGUAUAUUAACCAUGUGAAAUAUACUUCACACAUCUAUCCACAUAAAUAUGUGAUGUAAUUGUAGCAAUCAUGAAGAGACAACUCGUAAUAUUUUUUCCAAGAGCAUCAAUAUAUUUUCCAAUGAGUUACGUCUUGCUAGUAGUAGCCCAACAAAAAGAAUUCAGCACUGCUUCUUGAGGCUGUUA